UUCAACUUCUACGUUGGAAAUAGUCAGUCAUCUUGUAACCACAGUCGACUACUCAUCAACAACAAAAUGCCGAAAGACGACCCAGAGACUACAGCACUAAAGAAGGAACUGACUGAUCUGAUAGCUAAAGUUAAGGCAGCGCAAGAGAAGGUAGCGGAUGCAAAACUCGCAGAGAAAUGUAGCGACAUGGGAGACGUGCCGAAGAUAAGAUUCGUCACAAAGAAGACGCUUAAAGGCCACAUUAACAAGGUGAACUCCGUACACUACAGCGGGGAUUCGAGGCACUGUGUGACCGGAUCGCUGGACGGGAAGCUGAUCAUCUGGGACACGUGGAGCGGCAACAAAGUGCAGGUCAUACCUUUGCGCUCGGCCUGGGUCAUGAGUGUCGCCUUCGCUCCUUCUGGCAAUUUCGUCGCGUGCGGCGGUAUGGACAACAUGUGCACGGUAUAUGACGUGAACAACCGCGACGCGACGGGCGCCGCCAAGAUGGUGCGUGAGCUGGCCGGCUACGAGGGCUUCCUCAGCUCUUGUCGCUUCCUUGACGACACGCACAUCCUCACUGGUUCCGGAGAUAUGAAGAUAUGCGUUUGGGACCUGGAAGCUGGCAAAAGGGAGAUGGACUUCAAUGCUCACGCCGGUGAUGUCGUCAGCAUCUCCUUAGGGCCUGACAUGAAGACAUACGUCACGGGAUCCGUGGACCGCACCUGCAAGCUGUGGGACGUCAGGGACGAGAAGGCGAAGCAGACAUUCUUCGGACACGAUGCGGAUGUGAACAGCGUUUGUUACCACCCGAGCGGGCAAGCGUUUGCGACCGCUUCUGAGGACAAGACAGCAAGACUCUUCGACCUACGCAGUGACCAGCAGUUGGGGCACUACACUCCGCCUGGCAACAGCGGAUUCACUAGCUGCGCACUGUCUCUGAGCGGGAGAUAUCUGUUGGCGGGUUCUGAUGACAACGCCGUACAUUCAUGGGAUACGUUAAAAGUUGCUCAUACAGGUACACUCAACGCUCACGAGAACAGAGUGACCUCUAUCUCGGUAGCUCCCAACGGGAUAGCCAUGGCGAGCUGCUCCUGGGACCAGAGCGUACGCGUUUGGGGCUAAACAGCUCAGUUUACAAUAAUAAUAAAAAAAUAUUUGUAGUUAAGUAAUCUAUUCUAUUUUAGUUAUUCAUCAUCACUUAUAGUUUAAUAUUAUUUUCAAUUUUCAAUAACACAUUAAACCCUCAUGUUCGGAGUUGUACGGGUGAACUAACAUACCUAAAUGUCGCAGAAUAGUAAUGAAAAAUAUUAGCCACGUUUCUUCUGAAUAAUGUUUGCAGUUACAAAAAUGUUGCAUUAGUAAGUAUUAAAUGUAAGACGCAGUGUUAAUUAAUACUAUAAUCAUAACAUAUAUAAUACAACAUACAU